AUGCCUGCGACUAUGGCGGGGCGAAAAAGGGUCUUCGAUUCUGUCUUCCCAUCAUCGUGUCUGAAGGACCUUGCCCCUACGCCAGUGCUUAGCCAGACCGAAUUUGAUCGAUCAGUUAGGGAUCCCAUAUUCUCGCCUACUUUACGUCCAGCACCAGAAGCUUUAACUACGUACCCGGAACACGUCAUAUGGGACAGAGCGUGGCAUGCAGCCACUUCGUUUCUGACCCUUCCUGAAAGAGACUUUGUGGAGCGAAGAGAUCGACGAGAUCUCGACGCUUUUGCAGCGGCCUAUAACAAGGUACCAAGAGACGCAUUUGAAUCGAUUCGCUACGUUAUCUUGAAGCACCAGGAGGAACGAGCACGUGAGCAGAAAACAGAGCACGAAAAUUUAGUAGAGUGGUAUACAAAUCAUGUUCGAGGGCACUUUCUAGCACACUCCAAAGCCCCUCUACUACGACAAUUUUAUGGUGAGGAUGCUGGGCAAGUUCUGCUUCGAAUCCGCAACUCGCUAGACAUGAUUCAGUCUGUCUACAUAUAUCCUCUCAUGCAGUGCCUCCUACCCCAUCUUACGUCUUUCGAAGCAAAGCUAUCGAAGAGCAACUUCCAGCGCGAUCUUCACGCACUUGCGGCUUAUGCUUUGCCGCAAACGGAAAUCGAAGUCCUUCUGACCAGGUUUCUCUCCAAUUGUAGCAGGAAAAUAUUGGGCAUCGGGGAUGAAGAGUUCGAACUCAGUGCUCAAAUCUCACCGUACCCACAACACGAUCUGGACACUGAAAUGCAACCAGCUGUGCCUCAAGUCACGUAUAGGUCCUAUUACCCAUCAUGUGUGAGUAUGAGUGAGCUAGAUGAGGCCAACGAUAUCUUUGUCGAGCCGAACGACGUCAAGCAGAUACGGAACGAGCUUUUAGCUCUCAUGAAAACAUGGAGCAGUGUCGGCCUUGGGGGUGACAAGGCUCGCAAAAUCUUCGCUGCCGUUCUUGACCAAAUGCUCACGGAGUUCGUCAACUGGUCGUAUGCAGGCAUUGACGAUGACGAGUCGGGUGUGCUGCCUCACCUCAGGUAUUGGAUCGAAAAUGUCUUUUCAAGAUACGCCGUACAAUUCUUGAAUGCUCUGAGAAGUGGAGAAACGGUGUUCUUUGAUCGCUCAUCCGAGAUCAAUCUUUCAGAUGUGCAGAACUGGCAAGAAAUGGCGCUUACUCGACUAGGAGCGUUGCGGGUGGAAGAGCUUUUCGAGAUUGUCAUGGAUUGGGAUAGCACGAAAAGUCGAAUCGAUGACCUCAAAUACUACAUCACGAAUCCAUCCACUCGGACAUACCUUACAAGCAAUUUUAUUGCUGUCUUAUCUUCUCGCCUGCUUCAGCCCGGGGUCUCCACGCUUCAUAUUCUUCGUCUCUAUAUAUCCAUAAUACGGGCAUUUCGGCGACUCGAUCCGAAAGGAGUUCUUCUCGACCGAGUGGCCAGGCCUGUGCGUCGCUACCUACGUGAUCGUGAAGACACCGUUAAAGUCAUUGCUACCGGCCUUUUCAGCGACGUGGAAGAUGUUGAGGGCGAGCCUCUGCCGCCGGAUGCCGAAGUCCUGAAUGAGGCUGCCAGUGAGCUUAAGGAGCAUGGUAUUGACAAUGCAAAGGAGGACGAAGGCGAUACCGAUUGGAACAAUCUGAAUUGGGUCCCUGACCCCAUUGACGCAGCAUCGGACUACAGGAAGUCAAAGAACUUUGAUGUAAUUGGAAGCCUCAUGUCUCUUUUCGAAAGCAAAGACACUAUCGUGAAAGAGCUCCAAACAAUGCUUUCAGAUCGACUGCUCAAGAACCGCAAGGACUUCAACCAAGAAACCACGGUUCUAGAGCUCCUAAAGAUCCGGUUUGGGGAGUCUGUCCUUCAGAGCUGUUCUGUAAUGCUACGGGAUAUUAAACGUGAAUCAAUCAACAUUAACCAGACAAUCCGUCAAGAACAGGGUCUCGAGCCAUCCAAGAAUGAAACAGACAGAGAAAUCUCCUCUACUUCUCAACCCGAUCUUCAUGCAAAGAUUCUUUCCCACCUCUUUUGGCCUACUCUCCAGGACCAAACCUUCAAAGUCCCUAUGCAGAUUAUGGCGCAACAACACCUGUAUGAGAAAGGCUUCUCUGCACUCAAACAAUCGCGAAAUCUGACGUGGCUUAAUGCUCUUGGCCAAGUGGAAAUAGAGCUCGAGCUUAAGGACCGCUGCUUCAGAGGUGAAGUGACCCCCUGGGAAGCCAGCGUCAUCCAUGCAUUCGACUCUGACCCUGCAACGACCUCCAAUUUGUCAAUAUCACGAACUGUCGAAGACCUUGCUACCGAGCUAGAAAUGUCGCCGCUUCUUGUCCGUUCAGCCUGCAAACUUUGGCUUAGCAAGUCCAUCCUCACAGAAACAACACCAGAUACAUAUGAGGUGCUUGAGACACUCCCUGAUGGUACAGACGCAGCUCAUGCUACCAGCACCAUCACUACAGCCACUCCCAACCAUCCUACAUCAGGUAGCCUUUCAUCUUCCUCGGCAGCCGCCGCAAUCGCCGCCGCUGAAACGGCCGCCUCGCUGGCCGCACAUUCAGCCUCGGAAUCCCUCCUCCAACAGAAGAUGGCGGUGUACCACCAAUUUAUCCUAAGUCUGCUUACGAAUCAAGGUGCGAUGCCCCUGCCCAGGAUUGUCAUGAUGUUGGGUAUGGUAGUUCCUGGUGGAUUUCCUUUUAGUAAUGAGGAGUUGAAGGAUUUUCUGGGAAGGAUGGUUAGGGAUGGGGAGGUUGAGAUGGGUGGCGGAGGCGUUUAUAAGGCAGUGACAAUGGGGCAAAGCUAA